CACACCGUGGUUACUAUCACGCGGAAUAUCGCGUUAUUUUAUGCAUAGCAACACAGAAUUUGGAAUGAAAUAAAUCUCAAAUUAUAACAAUAUUCUGUGAAAUUUAAGCAUGGAUCAAAUUGGAAACCUUGAGCUUUCAUGGGCUCAAGGUUACAGUGGAGGAAAGGCAAACUACAUUGACAAGGAUGUGAUUUGCUACUUGUGUGGCCACAAUAUCAAGUUUGUGGCUGAGGAUGGUGCUGAGACUGUGUUCAACUUCCCCGGUGAGGGGGUCGGACCAUUUGCAGCUCACAGCCUCAGCAGAUGUUUUGCAGUAGCAGAGCAAUGUUUGAAUCCUAAGAUCUAUGUAUUUGUCUAUCCGACUUUCAGAAAGUUGUCUAUUUUAGAAAACGGUGCAAAAUUAGAAUACUCCCAGCUAUUCUUCUCCAGCAGUGACUUCUUGUGCAGUUUGUCUGGUAUUCCUGAAUUUGAACUUACACUUUGGAACUUCCAGAAUGGCAGCAAGUUGUGCACGUUUGCCCUAUCUCGUGAAAAUAUACCUACAAGCCUGUCAUUUAACCCGGGAAACUGGAGGCAGCUUUGUGUCACAACAGAAAAGACUAUCAGCAUGCUUACUAUAGAACAAAGUGACAAAUACUAUGUCAUGCAACCAUCUGUAGUUCAGUUUGGAAAGUUUAACUGGCCAUAUAACAGACGUGUAAGGUUACCUCCCACUGACCCAGAUAUAGAAGAGGAGGAUGAAAGAGACCGUGAAAUACCAACCCGCGCAUCAACACGCAUGACACGGUACACAGUUGAUGUCCCAAAGGCUGCUAAGGCAGGACUUGUUGGAGAGAUGGCAGAGCAACUUGAUGACAUUCAAGAUCAAACAGACAGAGUGAAACCAGUUUCUCAGAUAUGGACGCCUAUUGGAGACCUUUAUAUUGGCUGUAAAGGGGGACAACUCAUAAAGGUUGAUGGAGAAACACACAAGGCACAAGUGAUUUAUUACCCACCAAAGGUGCCGGAUACGCCUGGUUCCAGAAUGUCCAGUGCUGGUAUCCAGCGUGAAUCCAUGGUUGAUAUGAAACAGCCAGUUGAAGAUGUGAGCGAUAUGCUACUUGAAGGAAGUGUCAACUGUAUUGGCCUUCACAAGCGAGGUUUAUAUUGUGCUGGCACAGAUGGCACAGUGAGGUUAGUGGAUGUAAAAUCGAGUGAUGUGAAUAUUAUAGAGAAAUGUCACAUUGGUGUACCUGUCACAUCUAUGGCCUUUUCUCCAAGUUACAGACAUUUAGUUCUUGGUUCUUCUCAUGGAACAUUACAUUUGUAUGAACCUGGAGCCCCAGAUAGUCUGAAACUUCUCAAAGAUCUUCAUCAUGGUCUUUUUGUGGGAAUAUCUUGUCUGCCAGGGAAUGAACACUGUGUGACUGCCAGAGAGGGUGGAGAGUUACAAGUGUGGUCUAUUGACAAGGGACAUCUUGUGUCUUCUUACAACGUUGGAGUGCCUGUGUUCUCCAUAGCAUGCAGUCCAAUGCUACAUGUGUGUGCAUUAGGGACGGCUGGAGGUUUUAUCUACUAUCUGGACCUGACCAACGUGGAGGAGCCAAGGCUCAUACAAGGGGUCAAGGUCUAUGAGGGGCCUGUCAUGCAACUUGUGUACCAAGAUGAAGGAAGAUACCUUCUAUCAGCAUCAGAGGAGGGCCAUAUUUUCAUCAUUGAUGGACGAGCUACCGAGAAUUUCAAACCUCUAGCUCACACAGAGACGUGUAUGGAAGAUGCCAAAGGUGAGAUACAGGCUGUUACGACAUACACGGAUGCCAAGAAUACAAUGAGCGUGGUUGUUACCCAUAAUACCUCUGGCAACAAACGUAUGGGAGCCAACUGUCUCACAACAUUUGAGGUUUCUGAUGAUGUAAUGAGAGAUUUGAGAUAUAACUGCAACAGUUUGAAAUAUGAUUUUAAAGACAAGUCAAUAAAGAAGGUAUCAGUGAAGCUAGCUGUACCUUCUUAUGGUGCCGCCAUAUCAGAGGGAAACACCAUGUUCACAAUGGCACAAAACAACAAAGCUGUACAACAACAUACACUGCCACGUCUAGAGGAACUACCUAAGGACUUGCGUAAGUUCCGCCUGGAACCUGUAUCAGAAUUUCAAGGUCAUCAGCUGCCCGGAGGAAGAGUGCUGUUGUCACCACAUCACAAAUGGCUGGCUACUUACGGUGCUGAUGGUUCUGUGCUCCUUAGAACUAUUGGACAAAUGGACAAAACAGUGUGUAUUACCCCGCAUGAUUAUAGAAUAGGUGGAGUAAAAUGUAUGGCUUUUGGCGAGGACAGUCAAAAUAUAUUCACCACAGGAUAUGAUGGUGUGCUGACAUGCUACUCCUGGAAUCCACCUUUAACUGGAAGGAGCUACACCCCUACUGGUAGUGGUAAGGCAAAAUCUGCAAUUGAGGCUGCACGAGCCAAGAAGUCACGAUUGAUGACAUCACAGAAGGAGGAGAACGAACACCUGGCUAAUAUGGCUGACUGGACACCAGAAGACAUAAUGAGACCAUCGUCUGACAAAAUACCUCCAAUGAGUCGGGAAGAGAAGGAAAAAGUGAAGAGAGAUGAAGCAUUGGAGCGGGAUGAGAUCUAUAAGACACCAACACCCGUCCCUGAACCAGACGCAACAUGGCUGCAGGUUCAAGAACUUGAGUCUUUCAAAGAAGAAGAUAAACAGUAUGCUGAUGUGAAGAAGAACUUGAGAGUGUCCAUUAGGGACAUGAGAAGAACUUUGCAAAGUAUGUUGAAAAACAAUGAGACACUGCCAGAGAUAGAACAGCUUAACCGACAUGAGUUUGACCUUGACAUUGAAGAACAACUUAGGUUACAGGCUGAGGCUGAUCAAGAAGUGGAAAGGGUUCGAGAAGAGAUUGAGUUUGAAAAUCUGGCCAAGAUGUAUCUACGUGAGAUGAUCAAGCGUGAGUGCUGGGAUGAUAUGGUUGUUAAAGGGAGAGCAGUCCAGGCAUUUAACUCCAAUUUAGAAGUGAGCAAUUUUCCAAUGCGAGAAAGAUUGCCUGAGACGGUCAAACUGAUUGAAAAGGUUACGAAACGGAGACAAGUGGAGAUUGCAGAGGCUAAGGCACUGGACGAUAGACACAUACCUAUGCCUAAGAGAAAGGCAAGAAAAGAGUUGAUUGAGACAACGUCAAAACCUGCACCAACCACUGCGGAUGAUGAACUUGGUGAGGGGGAGGAUGAUGAGGGCAGGGAACAGCCAUCCACAACCGGAAGUCUUGUUGCGGACACCAUAGGAUACAAUAUAUCUGUGACAGAUAUUUUGGGUGCUCAGUACGGAGGUGGGAGUGAACUGUUUUACAGUCAGUUCGAACUUCAUUCCAGAGAACAGAAAAUCAACCAAAUUGUCUUGCUAGAGGAUGCCAUUUACCGCAUAAAGCAGGUGUUUAACAAAGACUUUGAUGAACUCUUCAUUAAGAAGGAACAAGAGAUAGGCAAAAUCAAAGAGAAAAACAAGCGAAUCAGGAAAAUCAUUGCUGACCUUGACCUUGCUGAGGAGGUCAUAGAGCCAAGUAUGGGUGUUGCUGAGAAACCAGAAACUCUGUUGACAGUUGAGGAUGAUGAGGUUAAAGUAGAGAGAUACUACACACCAGAACAGAGAAAAGCGAUUGAGAAGAAGGAGAAAGAGGAAGAAGAAAGACGUGCCCGAGAACGCGGAGAUAAUCAACGUGAACGUGCCCUUAAUCAGAUGAUGGGUGGUGUACUGGAGAUAAAAAAAGAAGACGAACUGAAAAAAGAUGUUCCUAAGCCAGCAUUUAUGACACAGAAGGACGAGAAUGACUGGAGUGAAGAAGAGCAGAAACUGGCUAAAGAUUAUGAGAAAAAAGUGAAGGACCUGCAAGAAGAAAGAGAAAAAUACAGAAAGCAAUUGGAGACAGAACUGAGAAAGAACCAGAGUUUGAUCCAAGAGGGAAUGGCAGGUUUUGAUGAGAUGUUGAACACAGUGUUCAUGAAGAAGAUCAAGGUCAUGAUGGUCAUUUACCAGGAAGAGCUGAAGAUCCUAAGAUUGAGGUACUCUCUGUUGGUGGAGGAGGAAUUGGAGACCAGAGAAUCUGAGUUGAAUCGUCUUGUUGAACACAAGAAGCAUUUGAAGACUCUCGCAACUCAAGCAGUAAUGGAGACUCGUAAAAAUGUUGAUAACUAUCGGGAACAGUAUGACAUCUUGUUGGCGGAAGAUAAAGUAAUGGACAAGGCAUUCAAACGAGAGUUCAAUGACGUGUCUGCUGUUCAACAAGAUCAGCUGUACAGACUGUUCAAGAGAAGACCAAGAGCUCUGAAAAUUACCCGAGGUGAAGGAGAUAACAUUACACUGCCAAACCCAUUCGCCGACCGGCCAUCCACGGCGCGCCAGAAUGCCCAGUCUAAAGCAUACAUGGACCAAGCAAUGGAUGAUCUUGACAAGCAGUCAAAUUGUCCGGAGGGUGUGGAGCCGCAAGUGUGGGAGAGACUGUGUAUGUAUAGAAGACAGAAAGUGGAGAAUGAAAAUUUGUUAAAGUUGCGAGCCCACAUUUUGGCAGAAAUGCAGCAGUUCCAACAGAAACGACAGGAAGAAGACGACCAGCUUAAAAAUGACAUUGACAGUAUAGGAGAGCAGUUAAAUAAACUAAGAGAUGAUAGAACUCGUUUCAACUUAAAUCUUGAGGUGCAGUUAUUGUUGAAACAAGGUCAAGUGGAAGUUGAUGCUGGAUCAUUUAUACAUGACUACAAAGAUAGUGCUCUCAUUCAUAGAAAUGUUGUUGAAGAUCUCAAUGGCACUAUUAAGCAACUUGGUGAAAGCAAGAUAGCUAGUAUGGUAGAAAGUAAAGAUUUCAGGAAGGGCAUUAUCCAACUAGAAUGGGAGCAUAAGAAAAUGUUGAUGGUGAUUGAAGAUUUACAAAAUAAAAUGAAAGACGUACAGUUCAUGAAAGUCACUCGUGAAAUACAAUUAUUCCUCAACUCACCGGAUUAUGAGGGCAGAAAAUCAGAGGAAGUUGGAAAAUUGGAACUUACUAUAUUACAACAGAAAAGGAUUCAUGAGAAGACUUUAGAUGAUAAAAACAAAAGUCUGAGAGAUUUAGAAAGAACAAUUAAACAGAAAGAGAAUGACAAUGAACAGCUCCUUAAGGAAUUGGAAGAUCUUAAUGUAUCAGUACAUGAGAGGAGACAUAUAGAACAAGUCAAUGCUGACCGUCGUUCCGAUGCUGGAUCAGAAAAACGGUACCAGGAGAUUGUUCAGCGGCGGAAACUUGUGGAUCUGGCUAAAGCACAAGCACAGGAAGUGGCUGUGUUACGAGCGGAAGUUGAACGUCUCCGUAUGAGAACUUUCCCUGCUCUUGUACAGGUGGAACACUAGUAUACUGGACUCAACUGUUUUCCUACAAAAACACUACAUUUAUUGUGCUUAUGUGAUAUAUGGUGUGAAAUCUGUUGAAGAGGUUUAUUUUUCAAUCAGUUAGAAUAAUGUUGUUGCAAUUUAUGAUACUUCCGUCUGGAAAAAAAAACGACCUCAUUUAAAACAUUUUAACUAAAUCUGAAAGUGAGUAUGUGCUGAUGUUGUGUAUGUGCUUUAUGAUUAUUUCUUUGAAUACAAAAUUUGGCAAUAAAGCUACACGGUGGGGAAAAUAAACUGCUCUUUCUCCUAACACUCCAGCCUGAAAGUAUGAAAGACAGAAAAGCGGGAAUUUGAUCAAAUUAUUUAUAUGACAUGGUUGAUAUUGCCGAAAUGUCAAAAAAUUGAUGUAUGAGAAUUUUUUAGCUGUGAAGCAGACAAAUUAAUUUCUGUCAGGAAAGAUUUUGAGAGACUGACUGGGACAAACAAAUUUCGUCUGCUCAAUAAGGCACAUUCAGUUUACCAGAAAAAAAAUACUGAACACACACUGGCUGUCAUUCUUCACCAAGUUUUAUCUGUAGUAUCCGUGGAUGAACCAUGCUCAAGUUCAUUUAAAAGGAUUCUGUUUAAAAUCACUUAGAGGCCACCAGAAAGCUAGAUAUCUCUUUGAAAUGACUCUCAAGUCAUUUGCAAAAUAAACUACAUUAUACAUGUUUAAUACAUUUGAUAUAAUUCACUUACAAUGGGGUUUAUUGGAAUGUUAUAUUGUCAACAUAUUGCCAAUUAUUCACAUUAACAUGCUGUAGUGGAUUAUGAUACAGCAAUAUCCGAAUUAGUUUAUGAGAGUUUUACUUAAACUCGAAAUUGAUUUGGCUUAAAACGAUUUAAUAUGAAUCAAAUGAAUUUAUUAUGUAAAAGAACAUUGUUUCUUUUUCACAUCAUGUUUUUUUGCAAAUCUCUAUCCGUCCAGUUUAUAAACUAUUACUUAGAGAUAUAUAUAGAUAUCUUUUUAUUAUAUACCUAUAUCAAUUCUGUAAUAAAUCGGCUUGUAUUUCACAAUUAAAUAUGAACAGACAGACAAAAAUUCCGUAUUGUACCUUUUAAAUUCCGUAUUGUACCUUCCGUAUUGUAUGCUGCCGGACUAUUUUUAUUAAUAUGCAUGUCCUGAUUCAGUUAUAUAAAUAGCGCACCUAAAACAUCACUAAGUUCAAUUUAAUAUCGAUAAGCAUUGAAGAUUUUGUUCAAAAACAAAACAAGAAUCAAAAUGGUAAAGGUAUAUAAUAAAAGGGUCAUUAUAACAGUAGCUUGAUCUGGGACUUUGUAUUCUGCUCUCGUGGAUUUUGCAAGGUCGGAUCACACUCGGCACUUGCGCGCCUCGUGAGAUCCGAUCUGGCAAAAUCCACCCGAGCCGAAUACUGCAUCCCAGAUCAAGCUACUGUUAUAAUAACCCUAUUAUAUUUACUAGAACCCUGUCCAAUUUAUAUUCAAUCUGUGAUAAAAUUGAUAUGUAUGUAUUUUUGUUGUUAGUAUUACAGAAAAAAAUCUUAUUUGUUUCUUUUGCAUAUUUGCAUCUGUUUUUGUUUGUAUACCUACUGGCAACAAAUUCACAUUCCUGUGUAAGAAAUAAUGUUAUUACUGAAAUAAAAUCAUGAAUACAA